UUGCAUGUAGGGAAAUUGUUUUUGAGGUUAGAAUUGGUGACAUGUGACACCAUGCUGAAACCACCCGAAUGCUUUCGACAAGUGCGUCUGCACGACAUUAUCAUCUAGACCUCCUGAAGGGUGGAGUUUUACGAAUGCGAACGGAGUUCUUUAUUUUCAACAGUUAAGUCAUUUGAUCUUAAAGCGCAUGGGUUUCCUCUUGUCAGGCAGGUUGUAAAUUUCUUUUCUAAAAGGCGUCUACAAGUUUAACAAGACAUCUGUGCGACAGACCAUAUCAGAUGAAAGACAGGAAGUAGGCUUGGUCUUUUUUUCAAACGAGCGCGCAUUCAUUAUUCAGCUUAGUUUUGUAAGGGACAACACAGGAAAAACAAGUCUUGAUUUCAUUGUAAUCACAGCAGCUUCGGUCGACAACAUGAAGAUCGCAUCUUUUAACAUCCAACGUAUGGGUCCAAGCAAACUGUCGGACAAAAAAGUAGUCAAAACUCUCAUUAAGAUCUUCUCCCGGUAUAGUAUAGUCAUUGUCCUGGAGGUGGUGGAUAAACAGGGGAAAGCCAUCAACCAGUUCUUGAAUGAGCUCAACAAAACUGGAGCUAAUAAGAGCCGUCCUUUCAAGAUGGUGGGAAGCUCUAGACUGGGACGGACGCUUUAUAAGGAGCAGUUUGUCUGCUUCUACAGAGAAGCUGAUGCUAAACUGCUCAACACAUACCAAUAUGAAGACAACCAAGUGGGUGACGAGGACGCUUUCUCUCGGGAGCCGUUCAUUCUGCGUUUCCAAUGUAAAAACACAGCGCUGAAAGAUUUGGUGCUGAUCCCCGUCCACACAAAGCCCAAAGAUUCGCAGAAGGAACUGGAUGAACUGUAUGACGUCUUUGUGGAAAUCAGAGAUAAGUGGAAGACUGAUAACGUCAUGAUCCUUGGCGACUUCAACGCAGAUGGUGCUUACGUCUCCAAGAAGAAGAUGAAGGCCAUCAGAAUCCGCACCGAUACCGAUUUCCACUGGCUGAUCGGAGACGACGUUGACACCACCGUCAAAACAACCAACGACAACACCUACGACAGGAUUGUGGUGUAUAAAGAGGACAUGCUGGAAGCUGUCGUGCCAAGGUCCGCAAAACCGUUUAACUUCCAGGAGGCCUACAAACUUACAGAAGAAGAGGCUCUUGAUGUCAGUGACCAUUAUCCAGUAGAGGUCAGUCUAAAGAAGAAACCCGCAGCGAAGACCACCGGCCCAUCCAAGAAACCACAGAAACGCAAAGCGUGAAGGGAUCUAAAUGUGUGCUGAUGCUCAAGUUCAAGAGAUGCUACCUUUUUAAAAAGGCUCAUUUGAGUUCAAUAUCAUUCAUUUAUUUUAUAUAAUUUUUAAUAUACAUUUUAUAAACAUUUUAUAAACAUUGCUUGCAUAAAAUGAGAGUUCACCUUCAUAAUUGAAAAGAAAAAAUGCUAUCAUUUACUCUUUCACUUGUUCCAAUCCUGUUUGAGUUCAUUUCUGCUGUUGAAAACACUAAAAGAAGAUAUUUUGAAGAAUGCUGGAUACUGGUAACCACUGACUUCUGUGGUAUUUUUUGUUUCGGCUAUGAAGAAUGUUGUGUUUAAAAAAAAAACGCCAUUGAAUUUCAUAGUUGAAACACAAAAUACUGUGGAAGUUGGUGGUUAUGAGGUUCCAACAUUCUUCAAAAUAUCUUCUUUUGUGUUCAACAGUAGAAAAAAAGUCAUAAAAGUUUAAAACCGCUUGAGGGAGAGUAAAUGAUGAGGAUUUUUUCAUUUCUGACUGAACUAUUGCUUCAAUAUUCAUUUGCAAUUCCCAAUAAUAAACAUGAAAUAUCAAAACAAACGUGUCAGUUUUAAUCCCAUGUCAUAUUUUGCUUCCUAAAAGCUGUAUGAUUUCAUUGCUUUCAAUGCUUAAAGCCUGAAUAAUUGUUAUAGUAUGCAUAGCUGGAAAACACCAAUUACAAUGCUAGCAGACGAAUUUCAGAAAUAGCAUUUUAACAAAGGAACUACUCAUGUAUAAGUGAUGAACUG